CUGGCGGCAUGGACGCGGCAGCGCAGCGGCUCCUUUAAGCCCCCGGUACCGCCCCCACCGCCCCGCCCCCGGCGGCGGCCUGGGUCUGGUAGGCGGCGGGGUCGGCUCCGCGCUGACCGUGAUGGAGCUGCACAUCCUAGAGCACCGGGUGCGGGUGCUGAGCCUCGCUCGCCCAGGUCUCUGGCUCUACACCCACCCGCUCAUCAAGCUACUCUUCCUGCCCCGCCGCAGCCGGUGCAAGUUCUUCAGCCUGACGGAGACCCCCGAGGAUUACACGCUCAUGGUGGACGAGGAGGGCUUCAAAGAGCUACCCCCAUCUGAGUUCCUUCAAGUGGCUGAGGCCACCUGGCUGGUGCUGAACGUGUCAUCCCACAGCGGUGCAGCAGUGCAGGCUGCUGGGGUCACCAAAAUUGCCCGCUCAGUCAUUGCGCCCUUGGCGGAGCACCAUGUGUCUGUGCUGAUGCUGUCCACUUACCAGACGGACUUCAUCCUUGUGCGGGAACAGGACCUGUCCGUGGUGAUCCACACACUAUCCCAGGAGUUCGACAUUUACCGAGAAGUGGGCGGGGAGCCUGUGCCUGUUGCCAGGGAUGAUUCCAGCAAUGGCUUUCCCCGUUCUCAGCAUGGGCCGAGCCCCACCGUGCAUCCCAUCCAGAGCCCACAGAAUCGCUUCUGUGUCCUCACCCUGGACCCUGAGACAUUGCCAGCCAUCGCUACCACACUCAUCGAUGUCCUCUUCUAUUCAUACAGUGCCCCCAAGGAAGCAGCCUCUGGUGGUACUGGACCCAGCUCCAUUACAUUCUUUGCCUUCUCCCUCAUCGAGGGCUACAUCUCCAUCGUCAUGGACGCUGAGACGCAGAAAAAGUUCCCCAGUGACCUCCUGCUGACCAGCUCCUCAGGAGAGCUGUGGAGAAUGGUGCGCAUCGGUGGACAGCCCCUGGGCUUUGAUGAGUGUGGGAUCGUGGCCCAGAUCGCAGGCCCCCUGGCUGCGGCCGACAUCUCUGCCUACUACAUCAGCACCUUCAACUUUGACCAUGCCCUGGUGCCUGAGGAUGGCAUCGGGAGUGUCAUUGAGGUCCUCCAGCGACGGCAGGAUGGCCAGGGCUCCUGAGGCCUCCACGCUCUCCCUUCACCCCAGGCUUCCAGAGAUUUCUCUAAGCUAUUUCCUCAAGCUCUGGGAUGAGCCCUCCCCACCCCCAUUCCUGCCGGGGGACCCCCUCCUUCUGCUCUCUGUACGUAAGCUGCGUGCAGGCACCGGCUCUCACGUGGACAUGCGUGUCUGCCCACGCAGGGGAACACGGUGCUCUGGGCUUCCUCCGGGAACCCCUCACCCCAUCACUCCCUGCGCGGCCUCAGCGUUUGCACAUUCCCUGCCUGAGGUCCGAGCCAUCCCCCCCUCUCAGCGCCCCGGGCCAGCUGCUCCCUGGACAGGGCCCUAAUUUCCGUUCUGCCUCUGGCUGGGUUGCCUUCCCUGGCCAGGUGAUUCUGACAGUGCCUGCCCCACUGGGGGGCCUCCAAGAAAAGUAUUUUUACAUCUUUCUCCCUUUUUUAUUGACUUGUUAAUAAAGGGCUUGUAGUU